AUGGGAAGGGACAACGUAUCCGCCGGCAGCGCGUUCCCGUUCCAGAGCGUCGGGCUCGGCAGCGCCGCUGGUGGUGGAAGGGUAGGCCCCGAGGAGGACGACGACACCUUGGUCGCCGGGCGCGGGCUGGUGGUGGAAGGGUGGGCGCCGCAGCGCCGCGUCCUGGCGCACCCGGCCUGCGGCACGUUCCUGUCGCACUGCGGGUGGAGCUCCGUGCUGGAGUCGCUGACGGCGGCGCUGCAGCUGCACAUCGACCAAAUGCUGGGUGCCAACCUGGCCGCGGAGCUGGGCGCCGCCGUGCGCGUGCCGCAGGAGCAGUUCGGGGAGUUCCGGGCCGAGGACAUGGCGCGCGCGGUGCCGCGGAGUUUGCGAGAGGUGGUGGCGCGGAACGACGCGGACGGCGCGCAGGUCGACGCGCUCGUCCAGCGCAUGGCGUGGCUCUGCGGCAAGGGACAGCAGCGAGUGGCCGUGCCCAACUGA